AUGGGUCAUUCUCAUUUAACAAUUGAACAAUUAGAAGAUUGGAAAAAUUUAAAAGGAAAUUUUACAGCAACACCAAAUUAUAUUGACCUUAUUAUAGGUAUUUGGAAUACAAUAUCAUGGUAUUAUAAACCACAUAUGUGGCGUGAUUAUUCGUUUCCACAUUCAUUUGUUGAAGAUUUUACAAGACAUUUCUACUUUCCAAUUGAUCAAGUUUAUUAUAUUGUUUAUAUAGCAAUAUUUAUCACACUAUUACGUUAUCUAUUUGAAAAUUUCAUUUGCAAGCCAUUUGUAAAUUGGAUUGAUUUGAAAAGAGUAGAUAAAAAGAAAUUUCCCGAAUCAGCAUGGAAGUGUUUUUUUUACACAUGUACAUGGUCAUAUUGCGUUUAUUUACUUCAUUAUCGUUAUACUUUUUUUCAUGAGCCUCAUCUAAUAUGGGAUGAUUGGUCACCUGGCAUGACAGUUCCAUUUGAUAUAAGAUUAAUGUAUUUUGUUCAAUGUGGAUUUUAUUUACAUUCUAUUUAUGCAACACUUUACAUGGAUUAUAAACGCAAAGAUUUUUAUGUUAUGCUUCUUCAUCAUGUUGUAACGAUGACUUUAAUUUUUGUAUCUUAUGCAACACGAUAUCAUAAAAUUGGUUUACUUGUUCUUUUUGUUCAUGAUAUUACUGAUAUUUGGCUUGAGCUUACGAAAUUUUUACAUUAUUUAGGAUCCAGACAAAAUGGUCGAGAAUAUCCAAUGUGGGAAACUGCUGCUUCCUGUUGUUUUAUUGUAUUUACAUUUUGCUGGUUUUUAUUUCGUUUAUAUUGGUAUCCAAUGAAAGUAUUAUAUACAACGGGAGUUACUACUGCCUAUCGAGCCUAUGAUAAAGGUUGCGGUUUGUAUGGAUUUUUUAAUGGAUUAUUAUGGAUCUUACUAGGUUUAAAUAUCUAUUGGCUUUUCUUUAUUCUUCAGUUUCUUUUUCGAGUGUGUAGUGGCACUUUAAAUAAUUUGCAUGAUGUACGAGAAGAUGAAGAUGAUGAUGACGUUGAUGAAACCAUAAGGCCAACCGCGUCAUCAGUAAAUGCUACUGUAAGUGAAAAAACUGGCAAGAAGAAGAUAUAA